GAUAUUUUAUUAAGAGAAGACGAGUAUUUUUCCAUAGCGCAUGAAAGGGAAUGCUCUUCUUUCCACAGGUUGUGAAGCUCCUUCUUCCUCUGGUGGAAAUAAGGGCCUUGGAGCAAGAGCAGGUCGUACCUGACCUUAAUCGCCCCUUCCCCCACCGAUAACAAGAGCUGGUCCAGGUUCCCCGCAUCCCGCAUCACCCCCUGUCAGACUCAGCCAAGAGAGCCAAGUCGGUCGCACACCACCGAGAACAUCCCGACCCUUGAACUACUCCAACUGCCAUACUACGAAUAGGCUAAUACCGAGCGGCACUGGAAGCGACCAUACCUUAUCUUCACCUUUCCAGAUUGGCAUGAUGAGACCCUCAGUUAAUGUCUCCUUCAAUGAUCAUCUCGGAAUUCAUAGACCUCAGCAUCUCAACGUCAAAUUCCAUGCUCACAACGCAGUCUCUCUCUCCAGCCAUCAGAUAUCUCCCCUUCACUAUCGCGUCCCGUGGCCAAGACUCAAGAGAUCUCUGGCGCUCAAAGCUGCCGUCUUGGCAACGGGAUAAGAAAACCGUUGUUUAUAUGUACUUGGCUUUUUGUAGCAGCACCCACUCUGGCCGCAACCUCAACCUCCUCUUCUUGGUGGAAAAAAGGACAACCCUGGGGCUUUACCGUGCCGGUGCAAGGUAGCGAAAGCAUGGCAGACCAGCCUCUACAGAAGCCCAUCCAACGACAUGCGUCCAUCUCUCGCCUGCUCUAGCCCCCCUGCUCUCACACACCAUUCGCUGCAAGACUUUUUCUGUAUCCCGAGUGCACAGUCGCCCCAUGAUCUCCUUGAGAGGAUGCUUCUCCGCAUCCCCAGACGGUGGCAGCAGGCAUGGGGGCCAACACAUUCGCCAAUCAGGCGAGAAACAAGCCAGAGACAAACCCGUUCACCCGUCCAGAUCAUAGAUGGCUGCGGUGCAACUACAAAAAGGCCUGAGAUGGAGUAUCCCGUCGUGUUCCAGUCUCUUGUUGCAAUCUGGUCCUCGCGGUGCUGUUUUCCUUUUGCUUGUUAGCAGCAAACGCCAGGAGCUCUCAACUCCAGGCUUGAUUGCAUCUCAUUCAAAUCACGAGGAUCACCGUCAGAUCGCUGCCCACCAUGGGUCUCUCACAAAAGCUUCUCCGCAAGAUCGUGCGGAACAAGGCCAUGGCCACGGAUCCUGCCGAGAUCUACGGAUGGAGGGUGUACUUGCUUGCUUGUUCGGCCUGCUUCGGUGCCAUGUCUUUUGGCUGGGACUCUUCGGUCAUCGGCGGUGUUAUCGUCCUACCCCCCUUCGUUCGAGACUUUGGCCUCGGUGACCGCAAUUCCGUCGCUACCGCCAAUCUCGCCGCCAACAUCGUCUCGACCCUUCAAGCUGGUUGCUUCCUCGGUGCGCUCAUUGCUUCGCCUCUCACAGAUCGAUUCGGCCGCAAAUGGUGCCUCAUCGCAACCUCUCUGGUUAUCAUCAUCGGUGUCAUCAUGCAAGCUGCUGCCUCUGGGAAGCUGGCGGCCAUGUACGUCGGUCGGUUCGUGGCUGGUGUUGGUGUUGGAGCUGCUUCGGCCGUGAACCCGAUCUAUGUGUCCGAGAACUCGCCCCGCGCCAUUCGUGGACUCCUUACCGGCCUAUACCAGCUGUUUAUCGUCACGGGGGGCAUGAUUGCCUUUUGGAUCAACUAUUCCGUCUCGAUUCACUUCCCGGAUGGCCCUAUCAUGUACAUCUUUCCGCUCGCCAUUCAGGCCCUACCUGCUGCGCUCCUGUGUGGGUGCAUGCUUCUCUGCCACGAGUCGCCUCGUUGGCUGGCACGAAAGGAUAGAUGGGAGGACUGCAAGCGCAUCUUGUCCAACAUCCGCAACCUGCCACCCACACACCCGUACGUCCAAGAGGAGUUUCAAGAAAUCGUCGAUCAGCUGGAGCAGGAUCGGCGCCUCAUUGGCGAUGCCACCUACUGGAAGUUGCAAAAGGAGAUGUGGACGAUCCCUGGCAACCGAAAGCGCGUACUUAUCAGCAUUACUUUGAUGAUUUGCCAGCAAAUGACGGGCACCAACGCCAUCAACACCUACGCACCAACCAUCUUCCAGAACCUCGGUCUGACUGGCACUUCUACCUCGCUUUUCAGCACUGGCAUCUAUGGUAUUGUCAAGGUGGUCAGCUGCAUUUGCUUCCUGCUCUUCAUGGCCGAUUCCCUCGGACGCAGGCGCUCGCUGUUGUGGACUAGUAUCGCCCAAGGCCUGGCCAUGUUCUACAUUGGCUUGUAUGUGCGCAUUUCACCGCCCAGGGCUGGUGAGGAGGUUCCCCCGGCCGGGUACUUUGCGCUCGUGUCCAUCUUUUUGUUUGCUGCAUUCUUCCAAUUCGGUUGGGGACCUGCUUGCUGGAUUUUGGCAUCCGAAAUUCCCGCCGCUCGUCUUCGGUCUCUCAACGUCUCGUACGCUGCCGCCACUCAAUGGCUCUUCAACUUUGUUGUUGCCCGUGCUGUACCAACCAUGUUGGUGACUGUCGGAAGUGACGGUUAUGGAACAUACCUCAUUUUUGGCAGCUUCUGCUUUUCCAUGUUUGUGUUUGUCUGGUUCUUUAUCCCAGAAACCAAGGGCGUCUCUCUCGAGGCCAUGGACCAGCUGUUUGGCGUGACCGAGGCCCCAGAGAAGGCGUCGGUGGAUGGGGAUGAUGUCCAAGAGACAUCCGAAAAGGACACAAAGGUUCAGCAAAAAGAAAUCAUUUAG